AUGGCAUCGGUGAAUUCAUUGGCCUCACAAGUUCAGGCCAUGUCGGAACAGGUGAACAACAUAUCCGCCAGUCUCCUAGCAGCGCAGUUUGCCAUCAAAAGCCAACGACAGCAGAUUCAAGAACUCAUUGCAGCACAGGCAUCGAAUUCAGUGAUCAUCACCAGCCUUCAAGCUACAUCAUCCCAUGGUGACAACGCGUGGAUUCUUGCCUCAACUGCGCUGGUAGUGAUGAUGACCAUCCCCGGCCUCGCCUUGUUCUAUGGUGGCCUUGCUCAGGCACCCAACGUCUUGUCGACAGUCAUGCAGAGCUUCUCAAUCAUGUGCACCGUCAGCUUCCUCUGGUUCUCCUUCGGAUAUUCCUUGUGCUUCACUGCGGGCGACGUCUUCUACGGCAACUCCUCCAACUUUUGGCUGCACGACAUGACGUCCAAGAAGAUGAGGAACGACUCGGAGAAGCUCUUCAUGGUCUACCAGAUGACCUUUGCUGUCAUCAGCGCCGCCAUCAUCUGCGGCUCCUUCGCCGAGAGGAUGCGGUUCAGCGCUAUGCUCAUCUUCAUCGCUAUAUGGCACAUCCUGGUCUAUUGCCCUGUCGCUCACUGGUCGUGGGGCCCGGGAGGGUUCUUGAACACCGCUGGAUGCCUGGACUAUGCAGGAGGAGACGUCGUACACGUGAGCGCGGGAUUCUCGGGCCUUGUUGCUUCCAUGCUCGUCGGCAAGCGCAGGGGCAUCUCCCAGGGACAAGAGAUCUCUCCUCAUAACGCGCUCCUCGUCUUCCUCGGAGCUUCCCUGCUGUGGGUCGGCUGGUUUGGCUUCAACGCUGGCUCUGCCUUUGCCGCUGAUCACAUGGCCAUCAACGCCAUGGCGACCACGCAGAUGUCAGGUGCAUGCGGAGGGCUGGCAUGGAUGGCGGUCGAGUGGAUCAUGCGAAAGAGACCGACCGUUGUGGGGAUAGUGAGCGGCUCUAUCUGCGGGCUGGUGUGCAUCACGCCGGGCUGUGGAUACGUGGACCUAGCGGGAGCGGUUGCCAUCGGGUUGAUUGGAGGCAUCACGGGCUUCUUCAGCAUCCAGAUGAAGCACAUGUUUGGCUUCGACGACGCUCUCGAUGCCUUCGGUGUGCAUGGCAUCUGCGGAGUCGUCGGCUGUCUUGCCACCGGCCUGUUUGCGGACCAGGGAGUGACCAGAGACCCCAACGAGAACGGAGCCUUCUACGGCAAGCCCUCCCAGCUCUACAUCCAGCUGUACGGUGUCGUCGUCGUGGUCGCCUACUGCUCCGUCAUCAGCUUCCUGAUCUUGAAGCUCCUCGACAUCGUCAUGAUUGCUGUCACUGGCACCGGAAUCCGCUGCUCUCCCGAAGCCGAGAAGAUCGGACUGGACAUAUCAGAGCACGGCGAUUCGCUUAUCAAGGAAACGCCUGUCUUCAGCCUGGGGCAGAUCAAGGUAGGAAACCAGCAUGUCUUGCAAGCGGGAUGGAACGAGAACACUUCGGUCGUGCCUGUCAGCACCUCCAUCACCCGCGUCCAGGUGUCAGACCCAGUCCACCUGGAGGACAAGGUCCAUCCUUUCCAGCAGGACGAGUGA